GCUCCACCUGCUGCUCGGAGCCCCCGGCCCGCCCGCCGGCCCGCCGCGCGCCGCAGACGCUGUAGCCGCUCGUGAGGUCCGUCUGCUGCGAGGAUUGAGUGCGCAUACCCAGGACAAAUCCGUGCGUUCACGUUUUAAUUCUUCAACAUUCAAAUUCCCAAAUAAUAUACUACCUAAUGAUUUAAGGAGCGCUCCAGGUCUGGAAUGAAGAGGUAAGGAAUAGAAUCUCCAUGUACCAAAAAGUGUCUGUCAAAAAACCUUAAAUAAUUAUGUUGCGCUACAAUACCUAGAAUACUUGAAAAAGAAAUCUAGUCAUAGACAGCGCACUUCACUCCGCCAAUAUCGCCUACGUUCUUAGCUACUCUAGCGCUACUCUGGCGAGAUUCGGACCUAUUAUUUAUAGCUGACAGCUGGACACUUUUGCAUCAGUUUUGCCUAUGGAGAGUGUAUUCCUUACCUCUACUUUCCAUAGUUCCAAGGGCCUAUUCCUCGAACGGUAUAACUCUAAUAUUAUUAGUGUGUUGCCAUGGAAAGUAAUACGAUUUAACAGUUCGUAAUACCGUUCGAGAAAUGGGCCCCAGGUGUCGCCUUAAGUGUAUUGAAACUAAUAAGUUUCAUAAGUUGCGUUUGUAAGACUAAUAAGUCUUAUCACCGUUGUAAAAGGAAUAAUAAAUUGGCCUAGGAAAUUUAGAAAAUCAAUAAAGAGGCUUAGGAAGAAAUUAUAGUAUAUGGAAUUAAUAACAAAUUAUCUUCAGAAUAUCCUUCAAAAUAUCCCUUUUCAAAGUACCCAUUUGUAUACGUUGAUAAUAGUAGAGGUGGCCACAUGCGUGCUCAAUUCUUCACAGUAACUACUUAGUUAAAGAGCAUAAUGUUCGCCGCAGUCAUACUUAAGUGCGAGGAAAGAGGAUAUAUAGAUAAAUAUUCAACGUUUAGCAUUCGGGCUGGUUGCGUUUUUUACGUGAAUAGCGAAAUUGUAUGGGUGCGUGGGAAAGUAGACUUUAUUUUAAUUGUAAUUAUCGUUAUAAUCGAUGGACUGGAACUGCGGCGAGCAUAUCUUUAACGUCUGUUACAUGUUUUGUUACGUUUUCGAAACGACUUCGAUUGUAUCAAAAUAUUGCAUUUUUUAAAGGCCAAGAGUGUAUGCUUGUCGUUCAUCACAAUUUCGAUAACGUAACAAAAGUAUAUUAUGUAGUUAUAGGAGCAGAGGAGCCCAAAAAUUCGCUUAAUCGACCCGUCGAAUGUAGAAAGUUAGGCGGAGUAUUGAAGUCGAUUCGGCGGGUCGCAGCGGUCAAUAGGCUGUGAUAACGACGCGAGAUCAGGAGACGAUUAAAGGCCUGUGCACAUCGGAUGCGUGCUCAUAGCGCUCAGUGCGCGUUGUAAUAUACAGAUCCUUAUAAAACAUGGCACACAGCUUGCGUUACGUGUGCGUUCAAGGCUCUUUAGCAAACGCGUGCACUUCUACGCACACGCAGCCGGUAUGCUCUGGCCUUAACUAGUGACUAUGUUUGGAGUUAGUGUUAGUAGUUCAUGUGGCAAAUGCGGCGGACACCCGACACCGCGCGGUUUCUAUUUAGGUCAAAUAUCAGAUAAAACUUUUAGGUUUAGGAAUUCGGAUCAAAAUUUCGUUUUUCAUGUAGUUAUUAAGAGUUUGUGUACUCUAGUGAAAUGUUUUCGUAAAGGGAAGGAAAGUAUGGCGAUGUACGGACCGCUGCGGCCGGGCUCCUCUCGUUGUAUAUUGUUACGCCAUUAACUAUAUAAAUCAUGCAUUAUAGACGUAAUUUUUGCACCUACUAGCUUUUUUAAAUGUCCCUGACUAAUACAGGGUGAUUGCACUGUUAAAACUAAAGAGACGCAGGAAUCUUCUCAGUUGAGGCCUAGCGGUGUUCGCACCCUGUAUGUUUUCGAAGGGGAUUUAUCAUAGUUUUAGCAGUAUUAUAUCGAUUAUAAUGUAAGUAUCGAUUUAGGGUGAGAAGCUAUUUUUAAGUUUUUUAUAACAUCAGGCUACCUCAUGGUGUGGUGUACUAACGCGAACUCACUAAUCACUCGCAUUAUUUCAAUUGUCUUAGUUCGCCCCCGUCACUUGUAUUAUUUUAAGGGUCGCACCUAACCGUCUGUCACUGUCAAAACGUUCCCUAAAUUGUAUUGUAUGGGGAGUUUCAGAGUUCUUCGAUCAGUCCGCCGAUUGUUGUUCGUGCCACUGGGCCAUAGUGAAAUGACAAUGUAUUUUAAUAGCUAGACUACUAGAAUUUUUACGACGACAAGGAUUUAUAAAACAUGUACAGUCAGCAAAACUAUUCGCUUAAUACUUUUGCAUGUUUGUAUGCAGGGGUGCUAGGCUAAUCGUUAUGCUGACUGUACCAUCGUCCAAACUGUUAACUGAUCAAUCUAAACCUUAUUGCGAAGAUAUAAGGUCCACCAUAAUUUAAGAGGGGGCUGACACAAAAUUGUAAUUUUUAAUUUGAAUUUUUACACGGUUUAAUCGCGAGAAAAUGCUAUGAAAAAACUCAAACGGAAAGGUCAAGAUGACCUGUCUGGCUUAGUGAGUAAUGACUGUGCCUAUGAAGCCGAUGUACCGGGUUCGAAACCCGGUAAAGGCAUUUAUUUGUGUGAUGACCGUGGAUAUUUGUUCCUGAGUCAUGGGUGUUUUCUAUGUAUUUAAGUAUUUAUAUAUAUUUAUUAAUAUCCUUUAUUCAUUUAAAUACUUAUUAUUAUUACUUAAAGCAGUCAUCGCGGUUUUGGUUGUCAUUCGGGGUGAAUGACCUCGAUAACUGCUUAUUUAAUGUCAUAUAUUUUAUAUGUUAUCUACACUACAAAGGGUUUUUACUCGAGCAGUUUAAAAGGUAUCGGGGGCUUAAAGGCGUAUCCAUACUACUAGUUUGAUGUACCGCGGUGUUGCAUCCCGCGAUCACUGGAUAAAAGGUAAAAAGUUCUCUCAAAUGUCCUGACUUCAUGCCCCCUCUUAAGUGUUGCUGUUACUAUUAGUGCUAUCCUUGUCGUUGCCAUUGACACUAAACGUUUAUAGUUCGUGUCUUGACGCUCGUGACUCGUAAUAUCAUAUUAUUAAAGGUUAGAUUUGACAAAUCUGUGCGUCAUCGUGUAUGACACGAACUAUAUCUUCUGUCAAAAUGUUGUAAGGUUCACUAUAACUGGCAUCUGUUAAUAGAAUGAAAUUGAAUGAAAAGAAUUUAAAUGAAUGGUACUUGGUAUGAUUCACAGUUAUAGAUAGAACUAAUAUUAGUUCAUUCAUUCAUGCCAGUUUGGUACAUCGAUCUGUAGGAAAACAAUCUUUGUUUUGUUGACGAAUUAUUGUUAUCUAAACAUAAUUUUUGGCCGAUUGAGCUCAUUAUAGCUCUCGUGGGCUUAGUCCAGUUAAAAUUUAUAGAUAAAAUAGUCUUGCGACUAUGUAUUUCUCGACGCUUAUAAUCGAACGAGAUAUACCGUAUUAUGUAUAUAUAGAUCGUAUCAUUCACGAGGGCACGUGCCUUGGUUCGUAUUGUCAUGCCAUUAAAAGUUAGAAUUGUCAAAUUCGCGCGUCAUCGUGAAUGACUCGAUCUAUGUCAGUGACUAGCAGAAGGUAACUUAUUAACAAAUAUCUUAACUGGUAGUGUGACCAGUUAGCUCAACUUAGAUCACUAAAAUAAUGAAAUUUAGCACUGAAUGGGACGCCUUAGUUUACUAAACGUCGAUUACUGAUACGAAUAUGCCUUACCGACGCACAGUGAAACCUAGAUAAUUAGGAAAACUUUAAUAAUUGCAGACAAGUGGCCGGUCUCAGUCCUUUAGUAAAAAAAAAUCUCUAUAAUUGAAAUUAUGGAACCGGCAGCAAAUUGACGAUCUAUCUGGCUUAGUGGGUAGUGACCCUGCCUAUAAAGCCGAUGGUCCCGUGUUCAAAUCCUGGUAAGGGCAUUUAUUCGCUUGAUGAGCAUGGAUAUUUGUUCCUGAGUCAUGGCAUUGUUUUCUAUGUAUUUAAGUAUUUAUACAUAUAUUAUACAUAUCGUUGUCUAAGUACCUCCAACACUAGCCAUAUUGAGCCUUCUGUGGGACUUAGUCUAUUUGUGUAAUAAUGUCACACAAUAUUUAUUUAGGGUUAAAUUAUCCAGGUUUCACUGUACUUUAGAUUUAAGUUACUACAACACUUAGCAAAUUAGCGUUAAUGUUCCACGUCAGUGUAUUUAAUUGAUGGAUUCGUCGAAUACCCACGUCACGUUCGGCAAUUGUUUAUCAAUUAAUGGUUCAAAAAAGCAACCGCAUUUACUGUGUCUUGAGGAAAAGGUUUUUGUGAUUAUAUAUGUAGUUGUAUUAGCUGAAAUAUUAUUUAGGCUGAAUGCCGUAUAUUGAUUUUAGGAGCUCAUUUCAUAUUAAAUAUUAAUUUGAUAAUAUUAGAAGUUUUCCAACGUAAUAAUUCUAAUAUUAUUAGGUAUUUUUUAUAAAUGGUCUCUGAGAAUUUAUGCCAAUUAAAAAAAGGGUUAACCCCAAAAAAAUUAUUCAUUGCUUGGCAUGUGUUGAAUGUCAUUGCUAAUUCUGAGCCAAACGAUAAAAGACAGUAGAUGCAUUCAAUAUUACCUCAAUCUAAUGAUAACAUAUCAGUCAGCGUUUUUAUAUUAGUACGUGGUAAAAGCACUUGUUUGCCGACAUCAUAUUGCCGUUGAACAGCGGUGUCAGAAGAAUAGUGUUUUACUGAGUAACGACUUAAUUUGGAACGCCAUAUACGUCUAGCUUGCGCUAACCGUUAAAUGUUUUUUAGAGAGCAAACUAAACCUUACUGUAAGGUCAUGUGUAAGAGGAACAGAUUAUUUUGCUCGGAGCAAGAUAAUUCCUUACAAGUGUUUCUUUUGAGAAUUAUUUGGACAAUAUAAACGUUGAUAAUUAUAAUUUUUAUUGGUAUAUUAAUAGAUGUCAAUGGCGUUCUAGCGAGUCUAAUUUGGUGUUCAUAAUAACCUCAAUUAUUCUAUAAAUCACAGUAUAAUAAUGUAUUAAUAAUUUCAGUUGAAUUCACUAAAUAAUGAAAAUAAUUUGCAGUGACUAAUAAUGUUAUAUAUGAUAUUAUGAGUUGUUUGCGGUGAAGCCGCCGCUAUAGACACCGUCUGGCGUCUAGAGGAACGCUUGUAAUGAGAACGCUGCGGUUGUGGUUUCACUAGAUCAGUAAACCUUACGGUACUGAACGUGAACUACCUACCGAUCAGAAAAGCUUUCAGACUUGUCCUUUUUUGCGUUCAUAAGAGCAUUGUAUUGAACGUUAAUCGCGUGACAUGAUGAAACAAAAAAUUGAAAUUGAAAUGUCCAUGGGUUUUGUGUUAAGGGGCCCACUGAUUACCAGUUCGCCGGACGAUAUCGGCCUGUCAGUUAUUCGCGACUGUCAGCUUUUGCCAAUAACUGACAGGCCGAUAUGUCCGACGAACUGGUAAUCAGAGGGCCCCUUUAGAGUUGACGCGCUCGUAUGGCUCGUAUGUAACUCGCAUUAAUUCGAGCGGACACCUAAGCCAUCAUAAGUACGCAAAAUGUAACACACGUUUAUAACGCAAAUAACGCUAGUCUGAAAGCUUUUAGCCGGCAUUUCGGGAUGCACUUACGAUUUUAGUCCUAUAUUCAAGUUGAAAAUACAAUUAAGCUCAAAAUAUAUACUAUAGCGUAGUAGUCCAUUGUUAACUGCCAUUUAGCAUCGCAUUCACGUAGGAAUAAUAGUAGCAGUAAGUUGGUCCUCUGACAACACAAACUGUCGCGUUAAGCAUACCCGACAUAUCAGUAUUUGAAAAUUGAAUGACCUUUCACAUAUAUAUAUAUAUAUAUAUAUAUAUAUAUAUAUAUAUACGCCAGAUAUGCUUGCCGCGGCAAGCACACGUUUAAUAAUCUGACACUGACUGCUGUAAUUUAUGUUAUAAUAUUAACGUUGAACAUUUUGAGUGGCGUCUUAGCGAGUUACGUUUUAUUCCUAGUAUAAUUACCUAGAUUGUGAGAGUUUGCUCUGCAUAAUAUACCAAGUAUUUGACUCUGAAACAUCACAGUUUACUUGUCACGACUAGCCGAGUACGUAUUCAAAGAACAUAGGAUAUAAAAUAUGAUAUAAUUUAUAGCAUGUACGAAUGACUAAGACUUGAAUUUUUGUAUUUUGAAACAAAAUGUGUAUCGAUCACAAUUGUGUUACCGGUUUUUUCGUGAAUGUAACCUAAUCGUUAGAAUAGAAAUCAAAAGUCAGACAAAGCCACCGCGUACUUCCGUAUUACCAUUACCUUCCGUAUCUUACAAUAGAAGAGCAGUAAUGCUAUAUUUUAUAGUUGAUAUUUAACUCUCAAUACGCCGCCGUAAGCCUAUUUACCGCUAAUAAAUAAAUAAGCAAUAAUUAUAGUGAGAUGAACAAAAACUCCAAUUCGAACUAGCCUACUCGCCAGAUAUAGACUCUAAACAAUACUAUUAGCUUAGACUAUACAUACCAUAGUAUCUACACCCGAUUACAUAUUAAUACAUUAAUAAAUAAUUCCAUGAAUUUAUAGUAUAAUCAUAAAAUAUAACGAAUUAUGCACGUCUUGAGAUUAUUGGAUAAUGGCAGUCAUAUACAUAGUUACAAUAGCUUCGACGGUCCCGCAUCGUGUCACCGUCGGUUUAGCCAUAAUAUUAACAGACUCAUAGACUAUAUAACCCGGAAUGCUUCCUAUGUAGUGCUAAAUAUCUCAUACGUUUACCUAUAGUUUUAAUACGAUUACAGACAUGAAUUUCGUUUGUGCAAUGUAAAUAAUACCGUUAUUUUAUUUAUAAAUAUGAUUAAGCAUGGUCGAGAUAGCUUUCGUUUAUGGGUUAUGGAACUUGGCGGCGGAGCGGGGAUGGCCCAGUGGUCUAGCAAAUUAUCUGUAGUGCCGAGUCAGAAUUCAAAAUAGUACUGAAUAAUUAUUGUAGUGAAAUAUACAGGGUUUCAAAUUCAGUCGAGACUAAUUAUACUCUAUGGUUUUAAGUUUAUAAAACCUUCCCCGCCCCGCGUCACGUUCAAGGUAACGAUUACUACGAAAUAAUGUCGAGACUGGGAGAGAAAUCCCAAGGGUUAUUCAUAGUAAGUAAUUCACCAAAUAAUAUUAUAAAUGAAUGAAUAAAUGUAUGUUAACGCAAUGUCAUUGUGAAUUACCUAGACAGUAAGUUUACAAUAUAAAGAGGAGUAUGAUAGCCAUAUUGCUAAAGCAUAUUAUUGUUAAGGUUCAUGAAACAUCUCAAGUCUACAUACAAUAGUUCCUUUGUCAUGUGUCAUUUAUAAUCAUACGAGUAACGCAGAAAAUAAAAGAUAUUCAUAAACAUAUUGUAUAAAAUAAUGUACCGAUUAAUUAUUUGCUAUCUCAAAUAUGAUUUUACUUGAAUAAACAUUUACAUACGAGACUAAUUGUUUCAUUAAAAUUUCAUUACUAAUUUUGCCCACUUGCAUAAUGCCAUUCUUGUUUGCAAAUGUUAUCAUUAUCAGGUUGUCAGGGUGCCGUGGGGAACAAAUAGCGGAGCUGUUUGCCCGGAGUUACAUUGCUUGGCGCUUGGUUGAUUAGGCAACGGUUGCGCGCCAUCAUUUCGACUCACCGUCGGCCGCGCGCGCUCGCUACCUUAAAAACAAAACAAAUAUUGUGAAGUGCUCGUGAUAUAAACAUUGGGUGAUUUUAAUAAUCAAAUUUGGAUUAUAAGUUCUCAUUUUAGUAAAAAUGACAGUUGGUGCUGAAGAGCAUGAGCCUCUGAUUUCAUCUUCAGCUGAACAUCAGCGGGUCACUUACAACGCUUCGCCACAGGACUCCAAUACCCCUGAACCUCGAGUGAGCGGAGGAGAAGUGUCUCUCACCAUCCCACAGCGCAACUAUGGGGCCAUCGGCGCUGUGGAAAAGGUCACGUACACCUGGGCGGACAUCAACGCCUUCGCCACAGAAAACAGGUCCAGGAGCAGAAGGUUCUGGAACUUCUGGAAGGGGUCUAAUGAUCGCAUGUUCCAGCAGAGGAAACAGUUGUUGAAGAAUGUAAACGGCGCCGCGUAUCCCGGCGAGCUCCUCGCUCUCAUGGGUUCCUCGGGCGCCGGCAAGACCACUCUCCUGAACACAUUAACCUUCCGCACUAAUGGGGGAGUGGUAUCCAGUGGUACAAGAGCUCUGAAUGGUCAGCCAGCUACCCCUGAAGCGCUGACGGCGCUGUCGGCGUAUGUGCAGCAACAGGAUUUGUUUAUUGGCACGCUGACUGUUAGAGAGCAUCUAGUGUUUCAAGCUUUAGUAAGAAUGGAUCGUCACAUACCAUACGCGCAACGUAUGCGCAGAGUUGGAGAAGUCAUUCAAGAGCUAGCUUUAUCAAAGUGCCAGAACACCGUCAUCGGCAUACCAGGACGCUUAAAGGGCAUAUCAGGUGGCGAGAUGAAACGUCUGUCCUUCGCCAGCGAAGUCCUUACGGACCCGCCCCUGAUGUUCUGCGAUGAACCUACCUCCGGCCUUGAUUCUUUCAUGGCUCAGAAUGUCAUCCAGGUGUUGAAGGGUCUGGCACAGAAGGGCAAGACAGUGGUGUGUACGAUCCACCAACCGUCUUCGGAGCUAUACGCGAUGUUCGACAAGCUUCUCAUUAUGGCGGACGGACGCGUCGCAUUCCUCGGCUCGCCUGACCAGGCCACGGACUUCUUUAAGGAGUUAGGAGCGGCGUGUCCAGCCAACUACAACCCCGCAGACCACUUCAUCCAAAUCCUGGCCGGAGUGCCAGGCAGGGAAGAGGCGACCCGGCACACUGUGGACACAGUGUGUACGGCGUUCGCCAAGUCUGAACUGGGGUGCCAAAUAGCUGCUGAGGCCGAAAAUGCAUUGUUGCACGAGCGCAAGAUUUCUUCAGGCUGGACGGACUCAGCAUGGUCAACGCCAAGUCUGCGCUCGCGCCGCUCUCCAUAUAAAGUAUCAUGGUGGGCACAGUUCCGCGCUGUACUUUGGCGAUCAUGGCUUUCAGUUACUAAGGAACCCAUGCUUAUCAAAGUGCGGUUUCUACAGACCAUUAUGGUGUCCAUACUGAUCGGUGUGAUCUACUUUGGCCAAAAUUUGGACCAGGACGGUGUCAUGAACAUCAAUGGAGCCAUUUUCAUGUUUCUCACCAACAUGACCUUCCAGAACAUCUUCGCUGUCAUUAAUGUAUUCUGCUCCGAGCUGCCCAUCUUCAUCCGCGAGCAUCACAACGGCAUGUACCGCGCCGACGUCUACUUCCUAUCGAAGACUUUAGCCGAAGCACCAGUGUUUGCCACGAUACCGUUGGUGUUCACCACCAUCGCGUAUUAUAUGAUUGGGCUCAACCCGGCGCCGGAGCGGUUCUUUAUAGCGUCAGGAUUGGCGGCGCUUAUUACGAAUGUUGCUACGUCGUUUGGUUACCUUAUCUCAUGUGCGAGCAGCAGCGUGAGCAUGGCUGCCUCCGUGGGGCCUCCGAUCAUCAUCCCCUUCAUGCUAUUUGGGGGGUUCUUCCUCAACUCGGGGUCAGUGCCCCCGUACCUGGGCUGGAUAUCCUACUUAUCCUGGUUCCGGUACGGCAACGAGGCGCUGCUGGUCAACCAGUGGGCCGGCGUGGACUCCAUCGCGUGCACGAGGGAGAACUUCACGUGUCCGGCUUCGGGCGAAGUCGUACUGGAGACGCUCAGCUUUUCAGAGGACGACUUUACCUUCGACGUAGUCAACAUGGUGCUUCUGUUCAUCGGGUUCCGCCUGCUCGCCUACAUCGCUCUACUUAUACGAGCGAGGAGAACGAAGUGAAGUCACUUUGUAGGCGUAUAGCUGUCUUGGUUAUUAUGAAAUAAUGUGGUAGCUCAGCCGGUAAAUAAUGUUAUUUAUAUUUUUAAGGGAAAUAUUUUAAAAGUUGAGUCAAUUUUUUUUUAAAUAAUAUUGCUUGGAGUAGUGGAUAUGAGUAAUACAAUAGAGUAGCUUACGCUCUUUGAAACAUAAGCAAGGGAAAGGAAAAAGUGUAGAUAAUUGAUAAAAAUAAAAAAUAUAGCUAAUUGACUAUAAUAUAUUUUCUUAAAUGUUCCAGUUAGUUGCUUGAUAAAUUUUAAUUUGAACUAUUAAGGUCAUUUUAGUUAGAACUAUUCACAUGUGUAUAUUUACGAAGAAUUUGUGUUGAAAUGCCAUAAUUUUAUUUAUAUAUGUAGGUAGGUACACAAUAUUAUCAAUCAUAAGAUAGAAGUUUUUGUUACAUUUUGAUUAAAUUUAAUUAUUUCCAAACAUGUAUAAUUAUGUCAUUUAAACCUAAGGUCGACUACAAAAUAUAAUAUAGGGUAAUUAUUAACAAAAUAAGUUGAUAUUUACUAAAACUGUAUAGAUAAUUAUAUUUUUGCUUAAAAUUUUGUACACCAGUAUUUUUUUAAUUAGACAUUAAAAGACUUAAUAUAAUUCGUAAGAUUUUGAAGCUGUUUUCAUUUGUGUAGGUAUAUUAAGUAAGAGAAAAGUGUGUAAUAAAUAUUUGUUAUAAUGUUUGUAAUAAACUUUUGCCUAAAGUA